UAAAUGCGAUCUAUUUUUUAAAUACCCUUGCACCAGAUCGACCCUGCCUUCAAUUAGCUGCUUUUAGCAACAAACAGCAACAACGCCAUUUAGCAACUUUUAGCACUAAAUAGGCCCCGCCUUCAUUUGAGCAACUGAAUGGACCCGCCUCUCGCCACAUCCCCCCGAAUUUGAGCGUGCCACAAAAGUGGUUUAAUUCGCGCACGCACAAUUUGAGCGGAGCUCCGAAGCGCGGCGCUUGCAAGCGGGCGCGAUGAAGAGGAGGAUCCAGAAGAAAUACUUGAUUCUGAUUCUCGCCUACACGGGUUUGCUCCUGCUCAUCCCUUAUGUGUUCGACUUCGGGGAGCGCUCGAUACAGCGCGCCAAGCACGGGCUCCAGCAGCAGCAGCAGCAAUCUCGGUGCUCGGACCUGAAGAAUGCCGUGGAGCUGCUGUGGGAGCACGGCUACAAAGUGGACGGCGCUAACGGCACGGAGCCGCCCGGGCCCGGCGCGCCUCGCACUCACAUCUACCUGCACGCCACCUGGAGGACCGGCUCGUCGUUCCUGGGCGAGCUGUUCAACCAGCAUCCGGACGUGUUCUACCUGUACGAGCCCAUGUGGCACAUCUGGCAGGCCCUCUACCCGGGCGACGCGGGCAGCCUGCAGGGCGCCGUGCGCGACAUGCUGAGCGCGCUGUUCCGCUGCGACUUCUCCGUGCUGAAGCUGUACGCGGGCUCGCAGAACCUCACCACAGCCUUCAUCUUCGGAUGGAAGAUGAACAAGGUGGUGUGCUCCGAGCCCCUGUGCGACGCCCACCAGCGUCACCGCGUCGGCCUGGUGCAGGAGGACCGCUGCGCCAAGUGUCCCAAGCGGGACAUCCGCGAGCUGGAACGGGAGUGCAAGAAGUACCCGGUGGUGGUCAUCAAGGGCGUGCGCGUUCUGGAUCUCAGCACUUUGGUGCCCCUCAUGAAGGACCCGGCCAUCAACUUGCACAUCGUGCAGCUUUUCCGCGACCCGCGAGCCGUGCACAACUCUCGCCUCAAGUCUAAGCAGGCACUGGUGAAGGAGAGCAUCCAGGUUUUGCGCAGCAAAAAGCACAACGACAAAUACAAGCGUCUACUGGUUCCCAACAACCGCAUGAACCGCGCCGAGAGCUACGUGUCCAGUGCCAUGGAACUCAUCUGCGACAACUGGCUGGGCGACAUGAUGCUGGUGACCAACGCGCCGCCCUGGGUGCGCCGCCGCUACCAGCGGGUCCGUUACGAGGACCUGGUACUGCACCCGGCCGAAGAACUGCAGAAGCUUUACCGCUUUUCCAACCUGUCCACAUCGCCGGAGCUGGAAAGCUUCGCGCUCAACAUGACCCAUGGCCGCGGUUACUCGUCGGAUCGGCCCUUCCUCAUCUCGUCUCGGGACGCCAAGGAGGCCAUCUACGCCUGGAGGGAGAGGCUGAGCGUGGAGCAAAUCAACCAGGUGGAGGCUUACUGCAGCGAGGUCAUGAGGCAGCUCGGAUAUCCCAAGCACGGCAUGCACAAAACCACAUGAGGAAAGGCGUACAGGUGAGACAAUUUCUCUAACUGUCCAUUCAUCCGGCGGCCAUUUUGUGAUGUAGUGACACAUGCUGGCGACUGAAAAUGACAUCACAAGUGCCUUAUGGCUCAGCUUGUGAAUGUCACAUGACCAAACCCAGAACACGGUUGAGCCUUGAUGGUCGUUACCCGCGCCAUUUGACACUGUGACAUCAAUUUCAGUCGACAGGAAGCGGCUGUACAAGACAAAAUGGCCGCCCCCUAAGAUGGAUAGAACAGUUAAGAUUUUUCCGCGUGGUUCAUAUUCCACAAAUGCAAUAAUAAAUCAGUAUAUCAUAUUUAGACAAGUGGAGUUGCGUAGAACACAUUAUUGUUUAAAAAAAAAAAAGGACUCACUUCCCCCCUUAAACACAUACUUUAGAAUGGGCGUUUUCAGUAGCUUGAAGACCAUUUUCCAUCCAUUGAAUCCCGGAUCCCUCGUUUCCUGGUUCGUUAAAUUGAGGCUCCACUCUAUUCCUACGUUGUAUCAGACACACAAUACCAUCUCACUGCGUGAAAGUGCAAACUUUUUUUAAACUUGCCCCAACUGUGACAUCCGCUUUGAUUUCUGCAUGAAAGGCAGAGGCAGGUUAAAAUGACUGACAAGGAAUCAAAUCCAUCAGAGUUCUUUUCUCUGGUGGCUAUUUUGCUCUGCCUUACUUCAAUAAAGGCUUCAUUGUUUGCGCGGCCCGCACGGGCGGCCGCGGGUCGGCGUCGCGGCCGGCCGAGGUUGUUGCCCAGGCCCUCUCGCUCGCGCCUUGGAGAAGGGGCUUCAUUGUCCGCGGCUGGCCGUGACAGGCUGUACACCUCCCUGGGUUACCAGCAUGUCUUCGGCAACUUGAGUCUUGGAGAAAUCAGGCCUACAUGCAUGACAUUAUUAUUACGGGGAAGAUGGGAGGUUGGGGCAGGAGGGCUUCUGUUGUCUUAUUAUUGGUGAAUCAAGGGUGGGUAUUGUUCUCUUUUAAAAUAAAAAGUGCCCUCUAUAUGCAGCUGUAAAUCACUUUACAGAGCAGUUAACAUAAAAUUACAAAACCACACACGGCAUAAUAUUGCCUAGUUCUGUGUUCAUACUUGAAGCUUCCUGUGAUUUUCUUUAUCCGCACAACUUUGAUGUGUUUU